AUGAGAGAUGGCCAAAAUUACUUAAAGUCCAGUAUUGAACAAAGUUCCCUUAUUCAGUUUUACUUCUCUUUAUGUGGAACAGAAACAAACAGCUCCACAGUAAGCAGGGCAAGAGACCUGUGUGCCAAGGACAAUAUAGACAUGAAAGAGAUUUUCAUCCUGCUGCUGUAUCUGUAUUUGCUCUUCCACGUUCAAGCCACUCAAGAGAGUAUCCCAAUGAAAAGCCUGAAGUGCUACAGUGACUACAACUCACAGGUGACUUGCACGUGGAUGGAGCAUUCAGAGGCUCAUGACCUCGUUGCUAUGAUUCUUUACCAAAGGGAUAAUAUUGACAUGGAGAACAAGAACAUGUCUUGCGAACGCCAGACAGAAAAUGACUUGCAUGAAGCUCCAGACGUGUUUGUGCACUGGAUCUGCCGCAGGACUACAGACUAUUUAGGAAUAGGGAUAAAGGAUACUUAUGGCUUCAGGCCUAAAAACGGAACAGAUGUUAAUCAAACAGAACUGGAUGUUGAUCUUUUCCAAAAUGUUCGGCCCCUCCCACCUCAAAACCUCUCAGUGAGCCCAAUGACAUCAGGAGACUUCUUGCUGACCUGGCAAACAGCCAGUGGAAGCCAAGGGCUGGGCAGUGCACUGGACUAUGAAGUCACUUACAAGCGGCAGUGGGAGUCCUGGGAGGAAGCUGCCUCGCUCUUGCUCUCCAGCACCACCCAGUGCAGUCUCAGACCUGAGGACCUUGUCCCAGGGAGCAGCUACGUUGCCCGUGUGCGAGCCAGACCAGGGCAGGCCAGCAGCUUCUCUGGGCAGUACAGUGAGUGGAGCACGGAGGUGUCAUGGAAGACCCCCGAAGGUGGCCUUCAGCCCAGGAACCUUCGCUGCCUCUUCAAUGGUGGAGACCGUCUGACGUGCAGCUGGGAAGUGAAGAAAGUGAUCACCACCUCUGUCCUCUUUGGCUUGUUCUUCAGGGCCACCCCAGCAUCACAAGAAGAGGAGUGCUCUCCUGUACAUGAGAAGACUUUGCCCCACACCCCAUAUGUGGUCCAGAGCUGUGAGAUCCCUGUUAGCAAUUCUAGCAGCCAGAGCCAGUACCAUGUAUCUGUCCGGGCCAAGACAGAGGAAAAGAUGAUUGAAGCCUACAAAAACAUCCAGGUGCUGCCGCCUGCAAAUGUGUCAGUAACAGCAACAGGGAGCCAAGAGUAUGAACUAAGGUGGAAAAAACACAAUAUGAAGUACAGCUUCAUAUCACAGAGAUACCAAGUCAAGUACUGGGAAAACAAUCGAUAUGAAAAGACUCUCCAGGUGUUAAAUAUCAGCAAUGAUGAACCUCCCUUCAUCUUCACCCUGCAGAUGCUGGCAGCAUCUACAGAAUAUAGGGGGAAAAUGCGUGCAAGGGUGAAUAAGCCUCCAGACUAUGAGGGACCUUGGAGUGAAUGGAGUGAGGAGUUCACCUGGAAGACUGAGAAUGUUCUGCCACCUGUGGUUCUUCCAGUGACACUCCCAGCUCUCAUCAUCGCUUCACUGAUAGUUGCUUAUUGCAGCUAUAAGUAUUUCCUCAGGAAGAAGAAAAUGUGGGAGGAAAAGAUUCCGAACCCCAGCAAGAGUCUCCUGAUCCAGGGCUAUCUGGGGAAAGGACAUUUGGGAAGUUGGCCAACAGGCAACCAGGUGGACUUCAACAAAUACAACCUUUCAGAGAAGAUGGAGCAGGCUAGCUUCCUUCAAGUUGUGGACAAGCCGGUGAAGACUUUGGCAGAGUGCCUUGAAGGGCAGACUAAGAAGACAGAUGUUUCCCCUGUUAUACCUGACCUACAGAACUCAUACCAUGCUUUAAAUGAGUCAGAGCAUGCCCCAGUUGCCUGCUCAAAUCAGAGAGCUGGUCAUUCCUUUCCCAUUUCAAGGAGAAACAGUGCUGAUGCAAGUAUUGCUUCCCACACAGCAAUCUCUUGCUUUGCUUUCAACGGUCCCUACUUGUACAGCCCAGUGGUGUCCUCUCACCCUGAUAUACACCAGACCCUGGAAAUGGACCCUGUGGGACUCAGUAAGAAAUCAGUUUCCCUUCAGUAUGUGACUCUCCCAAGGGAAGACUCUCCCCAGGCCCCACAGAGCCAGGAGCAGCCAGAAGCAGCUCCUCCAAGGGAUGUGCUCCCAGAUCAGAAGGAAAUGAUGCAGCACCUCAGUGACAAGGAAGAAGUCUCACAGGCCUCACCACCCCGUGGGGAAGGCACCAACGAGGGAACAGAGGAGCAGAACUCUCCAAAGGCUCUCAGCUGUACCACAUCUCCUCAACAGUACCCUUUGGAGUACAUCACCACGGACAGCCUGGUACUGCCAUCAGCCAGCACCUCCACCCAUCCUCCACUUGCCACAGCUGAGGAAUCACCUUGUGGCUCACAGCAGCCCCAGCGUCCCAGUGACCACUCUUGGCAUGAGUCUUCUCAGGGGAAAACUGAUGUCGUGAUCCCAGUUUCAGGCCAAGCACCAGCCUCAUCUCCUGAAUUGCACCUGGAUACCUUUGGCGACUAUCUUACUCUGCCUGAAGGUCUCCGUGAACAUUCAAAGCCCACAAAGAUUUCUUUGCCUGUCUUACAGAAGGAAAACGGUAUUCCUAGAAAGCAGCCUUUGUCAGUAGGUAAUUUGGUGGUGUUAAACCCUGACAGCACUGAGCCAGUUUUCCUUUGCCAGGUUGGUGACUAUUGCUUCCACAGUCUAAAAUCCAGUGUGAAGAUGGAUAAUAGUCAGGAAGACCAUCAAGUCAUGAAACUUUCUGAAAGUGAGACAAUACUUGGGCAGCCUGUACGUGAUGAUGAAUCCAUCACAGGGAAGGAAAAGGAUGUAUGGAAGAGGGAAAAAAUACAGGCCAUCCAGCUCUUCAAAAACCUGAAAUCAGAUGAUUACUUUUCCUGGCAGCAAUCUUUGAGGAUCAAAGAAAUCUGUUAA